AUGACCAAGGGAAAGGUGUCUCCAAAGACAGGCAAAGAGUACCCACCCAGCUAUGAAGAGGCUACUGCAGACUAUGAGGAGAUGCAGACCCAGUUCUCCUGGGACGACCAGGCCGUCAGGAGGAUCUUCAUCAGAAAGGUCUAUGCCAUCCUGAUGAUCCAACUCUUUGUGACUGUGGCCAUUGUUGCUCUCUUCACAUUCUGUGCACCAGUGAGGUUUUACAUUCAGGCACACCCCCACCUGUACAUGUGCUCCUACAUGAUGUUCUUGGCCACCUACAUCGCACUGAACUGCUGUGGUGAACAAAUCAGGAGGCAGUUUCCCUGGAACCUCAUUCUGCUGUCUCUCUUUACUCUCAGCCUGGCCUGCAUGAUGGGCUUUGUGUCCAGCUUCUACAACACCAAGUCUGUGGUCCUGUGUCUGGGCAUCACUGCUGUGGUGUGUAUGUCUGUCACCAUCUUCAGCUUCCAGACCAAGAUUGACUUCACCUCUUACCAGGGAGUCCUGUUUGUCCUGACCAUGGUCAUGCUGUACUGUUGCAUCAUACUCUCCAUCGUCAUCCCUUUUGGAUAUGUUCCCUGGUUACAAGCCAUCUAUGCUGUGAUAGGAGCUAUCCUCUUCACUCUGUUCCUGGCGUUUGACACCCAGCUGCUGAUAGGCAACAAGCGCUACACUAUGAGUCCAGAGGAGUACGUCUUUGCCACCCUGAACCUCUACCUGGACAUUAUAUACCUGUUCAGCUUCCUACUUUCGUGUUUUGGAGGGAGCCGCGACUAAUUCUUCUAUCUAUUUGUCUACCCUUCUGUCUCUCAAUCUGUCUGUUUCUCAUUUACACUCAGCCCAAUCUCCCUCAAC